UUGCACGAAGCGGAAGUUGUUGGUAGUGCGCAGUGAUGAAUGGGGUGGCUGUACAUAGUGCACUUCACUAGUAUGCACAGAGACGCAUAACGCUGUCUGUAAUACACAUAAUGAAGCGACCGGAAAGGAUUUAUUCAUCUCAGCUUUAAAUUUAUAUAUAAUAUAUUCAAAUACAUUAAUUAAACUCUGCUGUAACAGGAAAUUCAUAUGUGCUGCAUUUGAAACAGCUAAAAUCAAGAUAUCUGAUCUUAUUGUCACUGGAUGCACUGGGAGUAUUUGGGAAUCUGCAAACCAUCUCUUCUUUUUCUCGCUAAGCGAUAGUCGUGGCUGUUAUAAUGCAUUCACAUGGGUUGUCUCCAUGAUCACCGGUUUUCCUCGUCCUCCAUCAGAGUUGAUUUCAGCAUCAGCAGGUCAUCAUGAGAAUGAGACUGAAGCUAAAGACUGUGUUUGUCCUGUACUUCAUGGUGUCACUGCUAGGACUCAUCUAUGCGCUGAUGCAGCUGGGUCAGCGCUGUGACUGUAGAGAUCAUGACUUGUCUAAAGAUCAGCAGAUCUCUCAGCUGAGAGGAGAGCUGCAGAAGCUGCAGGAACACAUCAAAACAGAGCUGUCAAAGAAGACUGAUGUGCCCAAAAUUUAUGUGAUAACACCCACAUAUGCAAGACUGGUGCAGAAAGCUGAGCUCACUCGUUUGUCCCACACCUUCCUCCAUGUUCCUCAGCUGCACUGGAUCGUGGUAGAGGACGCUCCUCAGCCGACUCCACUGGUCACAGACUUCCUGGCUGCGUCUGGCUUGACCUACACCCAUCUAUACAAGCUGACCCCCAAAGACAGGAAGCUGCAGGAGGGAGAUCCCAGCUGGCUGAAGCCCCGGGGGGCUGAGCAGAGGAACGAGGGUCUGCGCUGGCUCAGGGAGAUGGGCUCUGCUGCUAAAGGAAAGGAAGCGGCUGCCCUCGAGGAGGCUGUGGUGUACUUUGCCGAUGAUGACAACACAUACAGCCUGCAGCUUUUUGAAGAGAUGCGGUACACAUACCGUGUGUCUGUGUGGCCUGUGGGUCUGGUGGGUGGGAUGAAGUUUGAGCGGCCCGUGGUUGAGGAUGGGAAGGUUGUGCGUUUCCACACUGGCUGGCGUCCCAACCGCCCAUUCCCCAUCGACAUGGCUGGUUUUGCUGUGUCCCUGAGGUUUGUCCUGACCAGUCCCCAAGCACGGUUUGACGGUGAUGCUCAGAUGGGCUUCCUGGAAAGUAGUUUCCUUCAGCACCUGGUUACUAUGGAUGACCUUGAACCCAAAGCAGACCUGUGCACUAAGGUUCUGGUGUGGCACACCCGAACUGAGAAGCCAAAGAUGAAGAGGGAAGACGCUUUGCAGAAGCAAGGGAUGGGUUCAGAUCCGGAUGUGGAGGUGUAAGCACCACCUCCUCAGAACAUGCCUGAACUUCACCAAACAUCCACACUUCCACUGUGCCAAACAGAUUCUCUUAUAUGGCAAGAGGUGAAAUUAUAAAGUGUGAUUUCUCGGCCACACACCAAAGACAUGAGGAAUGAGGAAAGGAAGUGAUGAAUGCAGGGAUAAAAAAAAGUGCAAGAGACAGAAGCAAAGGAACCUAAAAGAAAAUGCAUUUCUUGCAUCACAUAAACCGUCCUUAUCAUUGGUACACUUGAACAGUAUUUAAAGAGAAUUUUACAUAUGGUAUUAAUAAAUAAGAUGAGCUUGUAUUUAUAGAUUAGAAAUGUAAUUGUAUAGUGUGAGGCUUGCUUGGAAUAUAUUUAUAAUGUGAACACAUUGUGUCUAUGCUGUCCAUGUCUCUGUUACCUUCAGUCUAGGUGUAUCUUAUCUUAUGUCUGCACAUAAAGUCUUAAAUUCUAUGAUAAUUGUUUUCUUCACUGAUAAAUGGAGGAUAUAAAUAGGUCAGAUAUGGUGUCUAUUUAUGCCAUUAACAAUCUUUGUUGAAUCACAAUGGUGUGCUUAUCUUUAAUCCAGUGGCAUGUUGGGUACGUGGCACUGGUAAAGCUUCAGGUGACAGUGUAAAGUACAGAUGAGGUAACCUGACCCUGUGAAACAAAGAGUGAAAACAUUUACAAUUCUUUUGCACAUCAUCAAUACUAGGGUGUUACGGUUUUAGGACAGUUUGUCAGAUUCCAUCUGCUGGGAAAGUUUAUUGCUUUAAAAAUCGACAUGUUUUACUGAACCCGAAUGUUAAGAAUGUAAAGAUGCAAGAUGUCAAGCUGGAAGAAUUGUCUCUCUGCCAGUUCAAGUGAAUUGAAUUGGCCACAACUCAGAGGAAGUUAAAUAGAGUGCAAAAGUCCAGUUAUGGAAGUUGAACAUUUAGAUUUUAACGAUAACGUGUAAACUUUUAAAGACAGAUGAGUUUGUUCAUAUUGAGGUUGUUACAUGCUUUUGAUGAAGCCAUCAGCCCACAUUAUUACUUACUUUGUAAAUAAUCAUGUUCAACAGUGGGAUUCCUGUUGAAAAAACUACAUUACCCAUGAUUCUGCAAAAGAAUUGCAACAUGUAAAUAUUGCCAUCUUAGUAGAGUCUCCCUGCAUUAACGAGCGACUUAAAUAUUUGUGUAUAUAUAUGUACAUUUUGCAAUAAAUGUAAAAUAUAUUGUUACUUUAUAACCUUUAAAACAUUCUCCUGUAGCUCGAACAGUAGAGCAUGGUGCUAGCAAUGCCAAGGUUAUGGAUUUAAUUCCCAGGGGAGAACCAAGCAAGAACUGAUAAAAUGUGAAUGCAGUGUAAGUUGCUUUGGAUAAAAAUGUCUGUCAAAUGCAUUAAUGUAAAUCUUUAGGUCAGUAGUUUUAUAUUUCUCAUUCUAUCCCUCAUUAAAGCUGUCAA